AUGUGUAUCGGGGAUUUCAACGAAAUUUUGGCUCAAGAUGAAAAGGAGGGCGGGGCUAUGAGACGAGAAAGACUGAUGGAUGGUUUCUGGGAAGCUUUGGAGGAUUGCCGGUUAAGUGAUUUAGGCUAUCAGGGGUACAAAUUUACAUGGAAUAAUGGUCACCAGGAUGAUACAUUCACCAAUGAGAGAUUGGAAGGGCUUUGGCUAAUCUGGAAUGGUGGGAACAAUUUCAAGAGGUUGGAGUCUUUACUUUGGCGGCCAGAACAUCGGAUCACCAUCCUAUCCAUGUAUGUUCAUGUUAAUCCGAUGGCUGCUGUCCAAGGUAGAUUGUCCCAAUGCCAGCAAGCUUUUACUUGCUGGAGUAGGAGAAAAUUUGGAAAGGAGGAAGAAGUUUUAAAGAGGAAAACAAAAGAGCUGGCUAUCGUCCAAGGUUGUUCAAAUCAUGAAGGCCUGCAGGCAAUUUUAAUUCUCAAAGCAGAGAUUUAUGGUUUGAUGGAAGGGAGGGACAGGAAGUGGAAACAGAGGGCGAAACAAAGUUGGUAUAGCAGUGGGGAUCGUAACACGGCUUAUUUUCAUACAUGGGCUUCACAUAGAAAGAAAAUGAACCGUAUUGCUCAGAUAGUAGAUGAAGAUGGUAGGUUAUGGAAAAAAGGGCAGGAUGUCUCUCGGGUUUUUGUUGAUUAUUAUACUUCUUUGUUCUCUUCUCAAGGACCUCAAGGGAUUCCGGAUUGCCUAGCUUUUGUGGAGCCUCAAGUCACAAGGAGGAUGAAUCAGUCUUUGCUUCAACAUUUCUCAAGACAGGAAGUUACUUUUGCUCUUAAUCAAAUGCAUCCCCUAAAGUCCCUGGGUCUGGAUGGAUACUCGGCGGCUUUCUAUCAAAAAUACUGGUACUCUGUGCGGGGAGAGGCUAAGGUGCAGGAAUGGGAGAAAAUCCAGUUAAUUCUAGCUUGUUAUGAGGCAACUUCUGGUCAGAAGGUUAACCGGGAGAAAACUUAUGUAUUUUUCAGCCGAAAUACUCCCUUACUUAUUCGGCAGGAGCUGAUGGAGGUAAUAAGAGUAUCUUCUACACAACAUUAUGAGUGGUAUCUUGGUCUUCAUGCCAUUAUUGGGAGAUCAAAGAGUAGUAAUUUCUCAAGGAUUAAGAGCAAAAUAUGGGCUAAGAUAAACGGAUGGAAAGAAAAGUUUAUUUCCCAUGUUGGGAAAGAGAUUUUGAUAAAGGCUGUCCUUCAAGCUAUGCCAACAUAUACCAUGAAUGUGUUUUUUCUUCCUAAGGGUUUUACGAAAGAUUUAAAUUCUCAGUUGGCUCGAUGUUGGUGGGGGCAUAAAGGGAAGGAUAAGAGUGUACCAUGGAUGAAGUGGUCACGGAUGGGUGUUUCAAAGGACAGGGGUGGACUGGGGUGGACUGGGGAGAAAUAUUAUAGGGGAAAGGGGUUCCUGGAGGCCAAUUUGGGUACUCGCCCUUCUUUUGCUUGGCAGAAUGCUACAGUGAGUGAGUUGAUAAAUCCAAAAAUAAACUGGUGGAAUAUAACUGUGGUGGAGCAGAUUUUUCCCCAGGAAGUUGCUGAUCAAAUAUGUGGAAUCACCAUAUCACCAAGAACUAACCAGGACAAACUCAUCUGGGCUGCUACUUCCACUGGUGUAUUUUCUGUAAGUAGUGCCUACCAUCUUCAGCUUGAUAUUAUGCAGCGGGUGCAAGCUGGCGUAUCAUUACAUUCAGUUGUCCAUCCUGGGUGGAAGUUGAUUUGGAAGUUAAAUAUCCCACGGUCAAAUCAGUUAUUCUUAUGGAAAGGUUGCAAUGAUAUCUUACCAACUAAAGAGAAGUUGUACAAGAGGAAAUAA